AUGCAGGCUCGCACGAUCGCGUCCCAGAAGGCCGCUGCGGCCCAGCAGUCUGUGGCCCAAGCGCGCGCUGCGCCCCUGCGCGCCGCGGUGCCCGCGCGCCAGGCCUCCGCGGUCUUCACUUCGUCGAAGGCUGCCGUCCACGCGCGGGGCGUGCGCCAGGUGGCGGCCCAGGCCGCCGGCAACGGCAUGAGCAAGGCCGAGGCCGUCGCCGCGGCUGGCGUCGAGGUCACCAGCAGGCCCAUGCCGCUGGUCUUCGUGUCUGCCGAGGUGGCCCCCUGGUCGAAGACGGGCGGUCUCGGAGACGUUCUCGGCGGGCUCCCGGUCGAGAUGGCCAAGCGCGGCCACAAGGUGAUGACGAUCGCCCCCAGGUACGACCAGUACAAGGACGCGUGGGACACGUCGGUGGUGAUCGACGUGAUGGGCGAGCCGGUGCGCUUCUUCCACACGGUGGACAAGGGCGUGGACCGCGUGUGGGUGGACCACCCCUGGUUCCUCGCCAAGGUCUGGGGCAAGACGGGCUCGAAGCUGUACGGCAAGAAGGCCGGCGCGGACUACGCGGACAACCAGGAGCGGUUCGCGCUCUUUUGCCGCGCGGCCAUUGAGGCCACGCGCGCGCUGCCGUUCGGCCCGGGCGAGAACUGCACGUUCAUCGCGAACGACUGGCACUCGGCGAUGCUCCCGGUGCUGAUCAAGGAGGUGUACAAGCCGGCCGGCUCGUUCACGAACGCCAAGGUGGCCUUCUGCAUCCACAACAUUGCCUUCCAGGGCCGCUUCUGGGCCGACUCGUUCGACUCGCUCGGCCUGCCCGGCGCCGCGAAGAACUACUUCGAGUUCACGGACGGCAACCCGAAGGUGUACGACGAGAAGUCGCCCGCGGCGCCCGACGAGAAGCCCGCGCUCGGCGGCCAGUUCGCCAAGGUGAACUGGAUGCAGGCCGGCUUCCUGUCGGCGGACAAGCUGCUGACGGUGUCGCCGAACUACGCGACGGAGGUCAUGUCGGGCCCGAGCAAGGGCGUGGAGCUCGACGGCGUCAUCCGGAAGGCCGGCGGCAUCGAGGGCAUCGUCAACGGCAUGGACGUCAAGGAGUGGAACCCGGCCAAGGACAAGUACCUCGACUUCAAGUACGACGCGGACACCGUCGUCGAGGGCAAGGCCGUCGCGAAGGCGACGCUCCAGGCCGAGGUCGGCCUCCCGGUCGACCCCGACGCGCCGCUGUUCGGCUUCAUCGGGCGCCUGGAGGAGCAGAAGGGCGUCGACGUGAUGCUCGAGGCCAUCCCCGGCAUCGUCAAGGCCGGCGGCCAGGUCGUGGUGCUCGGCACGGGCAAGAAGACCUUCGAGGCGGCCGUCAAGAAGCUCGACGCCAAGGUGCCGGGCGCGGCGGGCGUGGUCAAGUUCUCGGCGCCGCUGGCGCACGUGAUCACGGCGGGCGCCGACUUCAUGCUCGUGCCCUCGCGCUUCGAGCCGUGCGGCCUCAUCCAGCUGCACGCGAUGCAGUACGGCACCGUCCCCGUCGUGGCCUCCACGGGCGGCCUCGUCGACACGGUCAAGGAGGGCGUCACGGGCUUCCACAUGGGCGCCAUCGACCCCGACGACCUGCUCCCGGAGGACGUCGAGGCCGUCGUCGAGGCCUGCACGCGCGCGAUCGCCGCCUACAAGGACGGCUCCUACCCCGAGAUGUCGGCCAAGUGCAUCUCGCAGGACCUCUCGUGGGCCAAGCCCGCCAAGAAGUGGGAGGCCAUCCUCGAGGAGCUGACCUUCGCGACCGACUCCGCCGUCAAGAAGGGCGAGGUCCGCGUCCCCGUCGCCGCGCUCUAA